GUUGCCACUUAGCUAAAAAAUAAUAUAACACAACAUAAAUAUAUAUAGUGAUUAUAUUUCUUCACCCUUCCGCGUGUCUCCUCCAACAUGCCUCUGUAGACCGGGGGUGUCGCUCCUCAGUCGGCCGUCGUCAUGCUGUUCUCUCGGCGGUGAGCGAUGGAUUAGUCGCCCUGAGUCCCGGCAGCAGCGGCAUGGCUUCCCCGUGGCGCCCCGUCCUCCUCGCUGCUCUGGCGGCCAGCCUCUGCUCCUCAGCCGCCCUCGCUGACAGGAAAUUUGGUUGCCUUUUAGAAGACGAGCUCUGUUCCCCAUAUGAGUUCUGCGUCAAUGAUGGAGUGUUUGGAAGGUGCCAGGAGUUGGCCGCUGCAGACUUGUACACGUACGAUGUUUCUUCCUCUGCUCUGCAACGCCUCAGGAUCCUCCUCCAGAAGCUGGCUCACAGAGGUUUGACAUGGCAGGACGACCUCACCCAGCAGGUCAUCUCCAGAGAGCUUUCCAAACUGAGGACCAUUCCUCUCCGCCACCAGUCCUCAGCUCCGAGACCCCUGACCGCCUACAGCAGCUCCAGAGACGGGAAACUGAGCAGAAACCUUCAACAGUACCUGACAGGCCUGGGCCUCCUGCCGCAGUCUGAGGUUGAUGGAAAACCAGGAAUUCAACAACUGGGAGCCAACGUUCAGAAGGAGGACAUCAACUCUGAAGGUCACUUCGAGCCCAGCCGGUUAAAACCCCAGCAGGGCUGGAAGGAGACAACUAUCUACAGCCAUCAGAAAGGAGAUGGCCAACCUCCAGUCACCAAAGUCUUCACCCAGAGCGGAGAGGGCAGGCACCCCAAGCUCAGUACAACCUACUCCAACCGGGACCCAGGAGGUAGCAAACUGCUCAAAAGCCAUCUGGAGCAGCUUCUUGCCGAUGUACCGAGCACUCAACAGGGCGCCGCGGGUGUCAAGUCUGCAUGGCCCAAAGAAAAGCUCCACUACCUCAGCUACAUCCGGCCAGCUCCAAAUAACAAUGCAGAGCCGCAGUCUCACGUAGCUUUUAGCUCCAAAACCCAAAAGCCUAAUCUAGACAGACUCAUGCUCAAGACUGGCUCCAACCGACUGACCGACAAAGAGCCUCUUAAUAUCAUGGAUGAGCGAUUCAUCCAGAAUAUGGUGAACCAGCUGGGAAGGCACAGCAUCAACAUGGAGGCUUUGAUGGGCAAAGACCUGGACCAGCUGGCUGGGGUCAUCACAGGGGCUCUGCAGGAGGUGCAUGAGGAGAGGCCUGUGGUUGGGUCCAAGCCAGGACCAGGAGCCGCCGACUCCAGGGGGGGCAUGGAGCGUGACAGGGAGCCACUGGCAGUCGUGCAACCGAAUCAAGACAAGGUUCUGAAAUCAGACAAAGGGCAGGAUCUAAACCAGGAAGACACACUGCGCAUGAAACAGCACGGCCAACAAAUAGACGGUGCAGACAAAGAGCCCGUUGACAAGCAUGCAGCCUUCUUCUCCAAGCUGCUGGACUACCUCAACCUGAAGACCUUUGGUGACGCUCCACAGGUCAACAUUGGGCCUCCAGCUCCCAUUCGGAAAAUGGCCGGACUGGAGAAUGUCCAAAGCCGGACGACGCAGGGCCAAGUGCCCGUACCCCAGCGCUGGGAGGCGAAGACAUUGCCUGCGAAGGAAGGCUCCAUCCUGCGUUUGACCGGUGGUCCAGAUGGGCCUGGCGCUCAGGUGGACUCAGAGAUCCAGAGGUGGAUGCAGGGGAAUCAGGACCCGGCGGGGGAAAAGCAAGAGGAAGAGUCUCAGAAGAAGGACAUGAGAAUCAAAACCCAGCUGGUCCACGUGGGGGUGAAGGAGUUCUCCAGCAGAGGAAAGGACAGACACUUCGGCUACAUCAUCACCGGCUCAGACUCCCUCACUGCUGACCAGGGCUCAGACCUGAUGGAGCGGCUGACGGAGAGGCUGAACCUCCACGCCGCGGACCUCACCCAGCUCUCUGUCUUGGGUCCAGCGUUGACUUUCAGAAUUGGCCCCAACACCAAGAACGUGACCACUGCCGAUCUGGUUCAAGUUGCAGUCCAACAGAAGCAGCGGCUGGAGAAGGAGACGGGCCUGCAGAUCGUGGAGGCUGGAGUCAGCGAUAGGGGCAGCCUGACCCAGAUCCCAGUGGUGAAGGAGACCAGGGUGGAGUCGGGCCAGUUCCUGCUGCUCUCGGUCCUCUGCAUGCUCUUCAUCCUGGUGGCGCUGGCAGUGUCCACCACCUUCUUCUGCGUGCGCCAGCGCUCCCACCUCCGCAUGAAGGAAAAGCUGGCCGGCCUGGGGUCUGACACCAGUACUGAUGCCACUGCAACCUAUCAGGAGCUGUGUCGCCAGCGUAUGGCGAUCCGCACAUCGGAGCGCGCCGACCGGCCGGAGACUCUGCGCAACUCGAGGCUCAACAGUGUGUCGUCCCAGUUCAGCGACGGCCCGGCGGCCAGCCCGUCGACCCGCAGCAGCACCUCCUCUUGGUGCGAGGAGCCAGUGCCGUCCAACAUGGACAUCUCCACUGGUCACAUGAUACUGUCAUACAUGGAGGACCACUUGAAGAACAAGAACCGUCUGGAGCGCGAGUGGGAGGCCAUGUGCUCCUACCAGGCGGAGCCCAGCGCCUGCCGCGUGGGCCUCGGCGAGCAGAACUCCAAGAGGAACCGCUCAGGCACCGUGGUCGUAUAUGAUCAUUCCAGAAUCACCUUGAAAGCAGAGAACAACCACAGCAACUCAGAUUACAUCAAUGCCAGUCCAAUAAUGGACCAUGACCCUCGCAACCCGACUUACAUCUCCUCACAGGGCCCACUUCUUUCCACCGUGGCAGACUUCUGGCAGAUGGUGUGGGAGAGUGGCUGCGUCGUCGUCGUCAUGUUGACCCCGCUGUCUGAAAAUGGAGUGAAGCAGUGUCAUCCCUACUGGCCGGACGAAGGAUCUGACGUCUACCACAUCUACGAGGUCAACUUGGUGUCGGAGCACAUCUGGUGUGAAGACUUCCUGGUGCGGAGCUUCUACCUGAAGAACCUGCAGACCAACGAGACCCGCACCGUAACACAGUUCCACUUCCUGUCCUGGACGGACCGCGGGAUUCCCAACUCGGCCAGGACCCUUUUAGACUUCCGCAGAAAAGUGAACAAGUGCUACCGGGGUCGAUCUUGCCCGAUAAUUGUUCACUGCAGUGAUGGAGCUGGCAGGAGUGGGACUUACAUUCUGAUUGACAUGGUCCUCAAUAAGAUGGCUAAAGGUGCUAAAGAGAUUGAUAUUGCCGCUACCCUGGAGCACUUGAGAGACCAGAGAGCUGGCAUGGUCCAGACAAAGGAGCAGUUUGAGUUUGCGCUGACAGCCGUGGCAGAGGAGGUGAACGCCAUCCUGAAAGCGCUUCCUCAGUGAAGGCAUCACUUCCCCCCCCACCUUCACCGGUUCCCUCUGCCCACUCGAGACUGACAUCUCCCUCUCCGCCCUCCCAUCUCCUCGCUCUCGUCUCUCUCCCCUGCCUCCUCUUCACCUCCUAUAUAUACUGUGUACUUAUGAAUGUUGUGCCAGACAUCUCACCUGGAUCCAUAUUCGCCAAAUCUUGCCUCAGAGUACGACUGACGAUCUGUGAUCGGUGUCAGACCAGCGGGGCCUGAUCUGACGUGGGAACUUAGAUCAGCUCUCCUACUGAGAGACGUUUUGUCGAUAUGAACCCCGGUGCUCUGUAACAGUGAUGUUGUUCCUGAACAUACCGUUCUAGUGCCACUGACACUGUCUACGUGAUGUCAAGUGAAGAUGUGUGUUCCACAAUAAGCUCUCUGCCGUUGGGAAAACUAAUACAGACGCUGAGAGAAUGAUUAUUGGCCCAUUCAAAACAAUCUGGAGAAAGGGUGCAACUAACCAUCAUUUUAAUUAUCGAUUAAUAUGCAGAUUCCUUUGAUGCAUUUUAGAAAUUGUUAGAAUAAAUGACAAAAAAUGGCAUUGUUCAUGUUUUCAAUCUGAUUAUCAUGUCUGAUUUACAGUCCAGGACAUUCAAUGUACUGUCACACAUACAAUAACACUAACUAGCUGAAACAAAGGAAUGUUUGGCAUUUUGGCUGAAAAGAUGAAUUUAUUCUAAAAAUGGUUGCCAAUAAAAAAAUUUGCCAAUAGACUAAUCAUUGCAACUCUCAACGGUAGUACUUUUUGAAUAAUAAUAUGGAAAGUAAAUUAAGUUCCUGCCUAAUAUUGUACAGAUUAUAUCACCUAAACUAAUCGGUGUAUUCGACGCAUAUAGCGUUUUGAAAAUAUCAUUGUUUCUCCUCUGUGAUCUGAAUCAACCCACUACAUAUAUAUACUCAGCAUCACAUGUACAGAUGUUGAUGUGUGUAAGUGUGUGUGUGUGUAUCAUUGUAUUUUGGGUCCAGACAUCUGCUCUGAUUCUUAAAAAGCCUCACAGAUCAUGAUUCUUGAUAUAUUCUCAACAUAUGUUUUUUAUUCCUCAUUGCAUACAUUUGAAACAUUGUUCCAUUAACAUCGCUGUUAAUAUUAAAUGUCAUACAAAUAUACCAACUGAGAUAAUCCCUUUAGAGUAGAGAUAGUAAUAAUAGGAUAUAUAUGUAAACAGAAUUUAUAUGGGAUUGUUGCUCAUUUUUUGUUUCUCCAUUACUGGUUUAUUGUAAUAUUUUGUGCCACAUGACAGAUUAUUCCCUCUAUGUAUAGUCAAUGAAUGACUUUAUGAAUACCUAUAUAGUGCUAUCUGAAAUGUACACUGAGAGCCUCAAUGAGAACUAUAUAUUUUGUGUGAAAAGUAACAUUCAGAUUGCUAAUAAAUCAGAACAGAUUAUACUGAUA